ACCCACCGCAGCGAGGAGAAGAACAGUGUGAGCUAUCUAUAUCUUUGAACUUCAUCCCUAAUCCUCUCAAUCUCUCGCUUCUCCAGCGCGAACCAGGUCUCAAAUCGAAGCUCAGAGGAGAUUGCGUUAGGGCAUGAAAAGUUUGGAUCUUGAUGGAGUUUUACUGGGAUUGCUUCUGAUUUUGGGCUAUUUGGUGUGUUUGGAUUGAGUGAAAUAGGGAGUAAGAGGUUGUUGGCAUUGUAGAGCAUAGUUGCAAUGUUGCGACAGACGCCGAGCAGGAAUCAGAGAGCUAGAGGUUUCAGAGUGAAGCAUGCUCUUCAAAUCUUUCUCUUGACUGCUAUUUGCAUAUGGUUGCUUUAUCAGAUUAAACACUCCCAUGAUAAGAAAAGAGAGAUGGAAGAUAGCGACUUCAAAACUUCAAACAAGAUAGCUGGAAAUGAGGACGGGAGAUUCAACUUUGGUCGGAAGGAUCUCCCUCGUGCUGAACAAAUAGAGUCCGUGAACGAUACUCAAGUUGAAGAAGAGAAAGAGGAAACUGAGGAAGAAGAUGAGCAAGAGCCGAAACAGGAAGAAGCUUUGGAUGAAGAUGAGAGAGGAAUUGGAGAUGAUGCAAUUGAUGAGAAGGACCACUACAGAGGUGAUGAGGAGGUUGAGGAAGAAGAGAAGGAUGUUAAAGAUGAAGAAGCAGAUGAAUCAGAUAAUGUGAGGGAUUUUCAGGAGGCACGAGAAGAAAAUUACAGGAAAGAUGAUGUUGCUGGUUCUGUUCAUCGAGAAACACAGACUACUGAUUCAGAUACUGGUGAUGAUGAAAGCAUCGAUAAAGCUGGUAUGAAAGAGGAAGAGAAGCUAAAUUUAGCUGAUGAAACAAAGAAUGUCAUGGACAAUAACAACACAGCCAAUUCAGGAGAAGUCGAUAAUUCGAAAGUUAGUGUUUCAGGUGUUGAUAUGGCACAUAAUACAAGCACGUCAAAUGAUAAUAUUGCAGGAGUUGGUAUGUCAGAGAAUGGAAACACGACCGCUGAGAAUCAGUCUCUGAAUGUAACUGUUGUUGAGAAGAAAGAAUCAGAGGACACAAACCAUUCUACUUUAAUGAUAGCUGGAUCGGCAAAUAAUGAAACUGAGAUCAAGAACAAUUUGACAACAUCAACUGAGUCUAGCAAUCACACAGAGCCACAAAUAAGUGACGAACAAGCUGUAACUCGGAAUAAAUCUGAGCAGGGUGAUGCAGUGACUGAUGAUGCUUCUCCACAGAAUACAACAGUCAUGUUAGAACCGAAUACGAUAGACAAAAUAGAACCAAAUACGACGGACAAGAUAGAACCAAAUACGACAGACAAGACAGAACCUAUGAAGAACGACAGCACAAACGUAGGGAAUGUUACAACUGAACAAACCGAGAAGCCUGAUGGCACGUCGACUUCAAUUACGAAUGACAUUGGUGAUAGUUCAACUGAGGGUGUGGUGUCUAAUAAUUCUACGGAUCAUGUUAUAACAGAGGAAGAGAAAGAUGCUCCGAUAGAUCUAUCGACCUUAGCUGAGAGUGUUGGUCAAAACUUGAGGAAUGGAGAUGAUGAAGCUGUGGAAUGAUUACAAGGUUUUGAAGGGUGGAUGGGGGGUUCUAACCAAAUUGUAGAAUGUAGGUUGCAGUGAUGCCAUUUGAAAGAACUUUUGGUAUGUUUGCUUCCUAAGGAAUGUAUCUGUUGGAAUAUAUAGCAAGAUGACCAUGAUACAUUAGUGAGGUUUUAUAUUUCAAUGAAGGUAUCAAAGAAAUAUGGUAACACAGUUUAGUUCCUGUA